CAAAGCGGCGUCUCGCUGUUGUGGACGUUCACCAGGCCGCCAUGCUCUCCCGCCAAGCUAUCUCGCGCCUCGCCAGGCCGCUCACGCGUCUCUCUUCUGGCACUUCGGUUGCUGUUCCGCCAGUAGAGCCCAAGCAGGUCGCCCCGCAAGCACCAAACUACCCUACUACAUGGUCCACUACCCAAGCACCCCGGCCCUACGGCCAGUCAGGCCCCCGUUUUGAACAAACCGCUAUGGAGCUCCAGCCAAACCCUCUGAGUGCAAUGCAGAUGAUUGCGGAGGAGCCCAUUCGUGUCGUUCAUGGCAGGAAGGCCGUCUGUGACGGGGGUACGCUUUCGUAAACUCGGCGGCAUAUCUCGACGCUAAACACGUCUACUCCCUAGGCGUUGGUCCCUUGGGACACCCAAAGAUCUUCAUUAACUUGGUAUGCCUCCUCGUACAUGUCUUUAUGCUUUAAUCUUACGCUUUAACAGGACAAGCCAGGUCCGCAACCAUGCGGGUAUGUCAUUCAAGCUUCACCGCGUCCUCGUUCUAAAUGUUUGCCAUCUGGCCUCGUUUUCAUAGCUAUUGGUAAGCAAUCUUUAAGCUCGUGCAUCACUUCACGUCAUGCACCAUACUCACAUCUCAUGCACAGCGGUCUCCGCUACGAGCGGGCCCCUCACCACGGUCAUGAACACUAAGUCCUCGUGUAUUCUUCAGUUCAUUACCUGGUUGUCCAAUAGAUCACAUGCGGUUUCUCAUGAGAGAAAGAACUUCGCUGCAGAUCGUGCCAGAAAUACCUUAGGGGGCCUCGCGGUAUCUUGCU